AUGACUCAACCAACUUUUGUAGUUGAACAUUUGGAUCCUGAACUAGGACCAUGGUCCACACUGGAAUAUGCCUGUAUUGCUCGUGAAUCCCACGACCGCGGGGCAAGAUUCAUGCUCAGCUCUGUGCCCGCUGAGCUGCAGAUGCCUGCAGAACUGGCCGCUACUAAGGGUCUCGAGGUCGAGCAGCGUAGUGUCGAAGAGAUCUUCGCCGACCGCAAAGAUAAGGUCUGCUUGCUAGACCCCUCCGCUCAGGUUGAAUUGAGUCCCGAGGAUGGUGAUAUUUUUGAAGUCUUUUUAUUCGGUGGUAUCCUUGGCGAUGACCCGCCUAGAGAUCGUACCUCGGAAUUGAGAAAGAAAGGAUAUGUCGGCCGCCGAUUGGGGCCUAAGCAGAUGACUACUGAUACUGCUGUGCGAGUUACUCGUUUGGUUGUUCAUGAGAAAAUUCCUCUCGAUGACAUUCAAUAUGUCGACUACCCGGAAUUGAUCAUCAAUGAGCAUGAACGCACCGAGAUGCCUUUCCGUUAUGUCAAGGAUGCUAAUGAGCAACCUAUUAUGCCUGAUGGAAUGGUGGAUCUUAUUAAGAAUGAUGCGGACAAGUCUCUUGAUUUCUAA